AUGCCACCGCCAGCAUUUGAGUUUCGAGGGAAUCAUGACCGACGGUCACAUCACCCCCGACAUGAAUUCACUUUCCGCUACUCGCGACCCUCCACAUCGGAACGGCCGCUCCUACGAAACAAGCGAGAAACCACCCCCGAGCAGCUCGUCGCCCAUACCACGAACGACGAGCAACCGGCAAUGAAAUUCGCGCCCAUCGAAAACCUCAGUGACAGCGAAGAAGCCGACAUGGAUGUCUCCUCUUCAGACAACGACGAGGCCUCCCGCCCUCGCAAGAAGCGCGCGCUGGGGUCCGACAGCAAACCUGCCUCGGCACCUGCAGCGCCCCCCGCCCCCAAGUGGUCAAAUCCAGAUCCGUACACCGUUUUACCGCCGCCGGAUGAGAGUCAAGCUAAAAGGGUGGACGUGGUCAAGUUGAUCCGCAAGGCCCGCAUUGCGGCGAAUGCUCAGAAGCCGGCGCAAACGGAUGCGGUCAAGGAUAAUGAAGACUUCAUCUCGUUUGGCGGCUUGGUCGACGAGGAGAAAGCCAAAUACAAGCCUCCAGAAGGUGCACCUUCGGGUCCAAGGAGCCAAGGGGAAUCUGCGGUUGGAAACCGGAAGAGAACAUACGACGAUGAGAUGAAGGGGCUCUCUAAGAAGACAGGCAAGCCUUUGAGCAGAUAUUACUCUGAUGCGUCAAUCAUCGACGAGUGGAAACGACGUCCCACCGAAUCAGGGACGCCGUGGUUCAGCCAGACGGAGGCUUCAUUGCAUCUGAGCUCAAGGCUGCACAAUGAGAUCCUCAGCUUCUAUCAUUGGGUUAAGCCUCUUCAGUAUGAGCAAAUUGUUCGGGCCGAUCUGGUGUCGAGACUCCAAUCCGCGUUCCAGAAUCGGUAUUACGGCGUGCAGCUUCGUGCCUUUGGCUCGUUUGCUUCCGGACUCUACCUGCCCACCGCUGAUAUAGAUCUUGUUAUGCUCUCGACUAACUUCAUGCGUACCGGAGUUAAAACGUUUGGCGAACGGAAAGGCCAAAUUUACGCUUUCUCUGCUUUCCUCAAAAACUUGGACAUCGCGGUUCCCGGUUCAAUCGAGACCAUCGCACAUGCGCGGGUUCCUAUCCUGAAGUUCGUCGAUAAAAUGACGGGGUUGAGGGUCGACCUGUCUUUCGAUAACGACAGCGGACUCGUGGCCAACAACACCUUUCAGCAGUGGAAAUCAGAAUACCCUGCCAUUCCGGUCAUUGUCGCCGUGAUUAAGCAAUUCCUGCUCCUUCGCGGUCUCAAUGAAGUCCCAACCGGCGGUCUAGGAGGUUUUUCGAUCAUCUGUCUCGUGACAAGCCUUCUACAGCACUUGCCCCAUGGUCACGCCGCGCCUAACUUGGGCAGUAUCCUCAUGGAUUUCUUUGAAUUCUAUGGAAACAGGUUUGAUUAUGAAACGGUUGGGAUCCGCAUGGAACCGCCUGGCUAUUUCAACAAGAGAGUAUACCAGGUCAAGGGAAACAACGACCGUCUUUCUAUUGAAGAUCCAAACAAUGCGGACAAUGAUAUUUCCGGUGGAACCAGGGAGAUUGCCCUCAUCUUCAAGUCAUUCUCCGAGGCAUACCGAGUUCUCAAAGAACGCAUGAUCUCAAGCGCCUUGUCAGGACAGACCCGGUGCAGCAUUUUGGAGACCAUUAUUGCUGCAAAUUAUGAUGAGUAUACCGAGCAAAGAUGGCAGCUGCGUGAGAUCUUCCAGACGAACCCUCGGUUUGCUCAAUAUCAUCAGCCUCCCACGCCACCUCCACCUCCGCAAGCGUCCCCCCCUCCGCCACCUCCUUUGCCUUCGAACUCCCCGCCCUCUACACGGCCCUCGCAGGAACCUAAGGAGAAGCAGACGAAGAUGCAAAGAAAGCAGCAAGCGUCGCGCGAGCGAGCUACUCGUCUCCGGCGAUUGCGACCGGAUAUCUCUUCCAUCCCGAGCUCCAUCAGCAACGCGCGGGCUAUGGAAAUUGGUGGCUACAAAACCCAGUCUGAAAUGGACAAAGACCUUACACUCAAGGAGAAGGAACUUGGCUCGACAGUCCAGGGCUAA